GUUGAGUAGAGUUAGAUUAGGCAUCCCAAAAAAAUUAGUGAAAAAGUUAAAAGCACAAUCAAAAUACAAAAUCGAAGACCUUCAUCGCAAAAUUCACCUGUUUGUGCAAGCUGUGAAAAUUGGAGCACUAGGGUUCGAACUGGUGACCUUAGCAACUAAAGCAAAUGCAGAACGGGAAGGAGAAAAUUGAAGAGGAUGAAGCGGAGCAGGCAGAGGCAGGAGGAGCAUUGAGAAGCAUAGACGCUAAUACUACGCUUUCUCAGUAUGCUUCCUUCGCUGGAUCAAAGUUCGCACCCUUCGUUUACGAUGUCGUUCAGCAGACACAGACUUUCGUGGAAACUCUGCUUCCACUAAUCAGUGAAAUAGAUGCAGGUGCUGUAGAGAUCAGAGAAGAGGUGCAGAGAUGUAGAGAGUUGUGGAUGGAUCGCAAAUGUAAGCUGGAGCAAGAGAGGGAGCGUUUCCAACAAGCUGCAUGCACAGUAUUGGAGAUGCUCAAUAAAUCAUCACAUACAAAUACUUCUGCUUUAACAGUUUAUGCUGAUCCUGCCAUGACACAGGAGGAGGAUUCUCGUCAAACUCAAGACUGAAGCAUGCGAGGAAGUAAAUAUAAUUCAGAAAUCCUCAAUUUUUCAUUAAUAGAAAAACUCUGUCACAUAAAAGGUGGCACUAGAAUGAAGGCCUUGUAUGUAUUCAAUGUUUGAGUUUCUCUUCAUAGACGAUUAGUACAUUACCAGAUACGUACUUAAAAGUUUGUUCAUAAAAA